GCAUAGAAAGUAAGGAAGCCGUUUGGGAUUCAAUCUAUGUCUAAGCAGCGACCAGCUUAUUUGGCAACCGGAGAGGCAGCGGGCAGGGCUGCGAAGGGAUCUCCGGGAAUCCUUAAAGACUUACAGGGUAAAUAAACUAAACCUCAACGUGCGGGGGUUCCAGGAAAGGCGGCUAGUGAGCAUCUCUCCUUCUCAGAGCAAAGAUGUCUGAGGAGGUGGUGCGCCAGACACGAAGCCAGAAGAGGGCACUGGAGCGGGAAGUGCCAGCCCUCGAUGGAGACACGAAACGAGUGAAGCUAGAAAGGGGAGAGCUCGGUUCUAGCAAAGUGGCGAAUAUCCUAAAGGCCGGUGAGGUGAAAGCUACCAUCAAAGUGGAAGUGGAGGCAGAUGAUGAGCCUGUGGACAUGAGGACGCCCCGCAGCGAAAUAAAAAAAGAAAGGCCUCCGACACCAGAUGACAUAAUAGUUUUAUCGGAUAACGAGCCCAGCAGUCCUCAAAUAAAUGGAAUCAGCCACAGCUUGAAGAAAACAGAUACAGAGAUGCUCAUGAAUAUCAGUCCUGAAGAACGGCAGAGGUUUAUCAAACAGCUAAAGGAGGAGCUGCGUCUGCAAGAGGCCAAGCUGGUGCUACUCAAGAAACUCCGCCAGAGCCAGAUCCAGAAAGAGAGUGUGGUUCAGAAGACCACCAAUUCCACAUCCAAUCCCCCACCUCUUGUAAGAGGCAGCAUUUCAUCUAGCAAAGCCCCGCUACAGGUUUCGUCAAGUAGAAGCUCAGGCACGGUCAUUCCUCCUCCUCUGGUCCGCGGUGUUGCACAGGUUUCCAAGCAUACAUCAAUAUCGAUGCCACCCUUAGUCAGAGGCUCACAGCCCAUUGCUGUGACUCCUCAGCAAAUAGCCACUUUGCGUCAGCAGCAACACUCAGGCUCUGGUCCUCCACCUCUGCUGCUAGGUCCUCGCACCUCUGUGCCCAAUGUUCAGGUGCAGGGUCAAAGGAUCAUCCAGCAGGGCCUGAUUCGUGUGGCCAAUGUGGCCAACACCAAUGUUCUGGUCAACAUCCCACAGGGCUCCCCUACUGGCUUGAAGGGUUCUUCAGUCUCCUCCCAGUCAGGCAUUGGCACCAACGCCUCCACAGUCAAUGCCAAUGACUCCCCUGCCAGCCGACAGGCUGCUGCCAAACUGGCCCUGCGGAAACAGCUGGAAAAAACCCUGCUGGAUAUCCCUCCUCCAAAACCACCAACACCAGAGCUCAACUUCCUACCCUCAGCUGCCAACAAUGAGUUUAUCUACCUGGUGGGACUGGAGAUGGUGGUGCAGAACCUGCUGGAUUUCGCCAAAAACAAACAGCAAACUCAACAGGACAGCUCUCCAGAAGCUCCAACAGUAAAGGAGCCAUUUACAUGUGCACAGUGCCACACAGACUUCACUUCACGUUGGAGGCAGGACAAGAGUAACAGUUCAAUCUUGUGUGAGCAGUGUAUGAGUUCCAACCAAAAGAAGGUCCUGAAGGCUGAGCACACGACCCGGCUUAAGGCAGCCUUUGUCAAGGCCUUGCAGCAGGAGCAGGAGAUUGAGCAGCGCAUCCUUCAGCAGUCUUCCUCGUCCUCUCCAAAGAGCUCGGCAGCCUCCUCGUCUUUGUCAUCCUCACCUGUGAUGAAGUCGGAGCAGCAUGUGCUGGUGUCUUCACAGUAUAAAACGGGACAAUCCUCAUUGACUCAGUCAAACAGAGCAACAGCAGUCAAUCGCUACCACUCCAGCACCAUCAAGCAGAGUCCAGGGCAAGUGGUGCGGAAUGUGCCGCAGGCUGUUGUCAGCGUGAAUUCACGUGGCAUGAGCCGCAACUUCUCCACAUCCAGUCAGCUGCAGAAUGCAGUCAGGGCCGCCACGCUCGUCAGCAGGCCAGGUAAGCAUGCUGGGAGGGCUGGGCCAAAUAGCAGCAGCAGCAGCAGAGCCAGCAGCAGCAGCAGCAGUAAGGCCGCCACCAAUGUCUGGAGGAGACAGAACAACACUUCCACAGGUGUUACUAUGGCCUAUGUCAACCCAAGUCUGUCCGUGCUCAAGGCGACCUCUCCAGCAGAUCGUCAGCGGGAGUACCUCCUUGACAUGAUCCCGUCCCGCUCCAUCUCCCAGACAGCAAAUAAUUGGAAAUAAUACCUUCCUCUAUCACCAAUGCCCCUUCACUGAUCUCUUAUUACAAAAUCCUGGCCACCAGUUGGAUAAUAAUAUCAGAUAACCAGCUACCAAGCAAUAAAAGCAUGUCUAUGUUUGCUGGAGGACCUCUUGUCCAAUCAGGAAAGAUCAUCUGCGACUGAGAGUGAGUGAGUCCUGAGAGACUGGGUGAAGGAUCAGAUUUAACAGAGAGGGAGCGAGAGCAGGUCAGAGGUCAGACCUUUGGAACAGGCUUUGUGUGAAUCGGGCCUGUUUGUAUGCUUCAUUGGCUGCAGUGAUUCUGCCACAUCCACACUGGUGGUGAUGCCCGUCACUGGUCUCCAUUUUCAUGUUUGUGUUUCUGCUGCUGAUGGGAUGCUUUUGGUAUACAAGGUGAAUAUUAACUUAACUCCUCCAUUUUAGCAAACAUGUCUACUUCAUCUUGACAAACUGGAGGACAAAUUAAAAAUACCCAAUUUUUAACUGUGAGGACCACCUACGAUUGCUUCAGCUUUGUAAAACAUACAUUUUCAGUGUGGUUCACACAAGCCGUCUCAAACUAUGGUAUGAGAGUCAAAAUAUGUAAUUGGUUUUUUUUUUUUGGACUUACUCUCCCUUCUCCCCCUUUGAGGUGUCCUUUUUUGAGGGCUGACAUAAAAGGUAUUGUUAUACUGUUAAGGUGGUUUUACAUCUGCCAGUUUAGUGUGUAUUUUUAAAUGCUAAAAAGCUUAAAAUGAAAAAAAAAAUCAAGUUUUUUUGGGGACAGGCAUGGUUACUGAACUGCCACAAUGGGACUACUAUUUGUAUUUUGUUUUAUUUCGAAUAUUUGUGUCCCCUUUUCAGCUCUUCUUGAAAUUGUGAAUACUGUCAUGAUUUUAUAGAGCAAAGGAGAGAAAGGGUUGGGACUUUGAAAGCUUUUGGUUAAGUGUGUGGUGGUGUUUUUUUUUUCUUUCAUUAUUUCUUUUUAAAGCUUUUAGGUUAUGUUUGUAAAUGGGGAUAUUUAAUUCUGAACAUGGGUGUGCUUCACGUUAAAUGAAGGAUAAUUCAGUGGCCUAGACUGUUUGAACUACUUGAUCAUUGUAUAGUUUUCUGUAAGACGUUUCAAACAUUCAGUUGAAGAGUAAAUCCAACAACAGGAACGCCUGGAAUGUCUGUGUAAACGUGUCGGAUUCUAAUUUGGCUGUAGUACGGUGUUUAAUGCUAGUAGCAUUGUGCAGUAAAGCACACAUCGUUUUUGGCUUAUUAGAGAUAAUAAGCAAUUAUCUUAUGUAACACUGGUCAAAUGUAGGACUGAACGUAAAAAAAAAUUAUAAUAUUCAAUCCUAAAAUUAUGGUCAUGGGUUUUUUUUGUUUGUUUGUUUGUUUUCCCCCCUCUCCUGUUGCUUUUAAACUGCUUUAGUUGCUGGUAGUGUUUCUGGGAUUUCAUUUAAGCUGGAGGGAUCGGUAGCUCAACCAUUUUAUCUCCACCCCACUUUUCAAACAAAAGCCUGUAAAUAAAUACUUACAGCCAAGAUCUGGUCAGCUUAUAACCCUCAUUAGAACAUGGAGGUGGAGAUCUUAUUGUUCCUAAGCUCUUCUCUCAGGGUUUGAGCUGCCUGUGGAGUAAGGAAUCCUGGAUCAGACUGUUUCUGACUACUGCCUGCUGCUGCUGAGAGCUAACACCAUUCCAUUGUCCAGGGAUGCCAUCACUGUAUGCAUCCCUUUUCUAAAUUGUACAAAAAAAAUUCCCCAUUUUCAUUUAUUUUUGGUCUGUCAGUUAAUGAUUAUAAUAAAACUAAAUUUGA